AUGCGUGACCUGCUCACGGGACAGUUAGCACUCAACAUCGCCAUCCAGCAGCAGCACGAACCCAUUGCUCGUCUCCUGAUCGAUCGAGGCGCCGACGUGAACCAGCAAGACGACGUGUCGCUGCUCGCUCCAGUGCACAACACCAUCAUCAUGGGCAACAAGGCUCUGUUCCGUCGUCUGCUGAAGGCUGGAGCGGAUGUGGGGCUGGCUGACCGAGAAGGCUUCACUCCUCUGCACUGGGCGUCCGUGCGCGGGUAUCUGGAGAUCGUGGCUCAAUUGGUUGAGAUCUCGGGCGCUGACGUCAACCACCAGGACGCCAUGGGCUGGACGCCACUCCACAUCGCCUGCUUCAAGGGAUACCCGGACCUCGUCGAGUAUUUCCUGGUCGAACGUCACGCGCGCACCGAUCUGGAGGACUGCUACGGCUUCACGCCCAUGAUGUUCGCUCGGAUCGCUGAAAACAUGGACGUCGUCAAGCGUCUGGACGACUUCGCAGCUCAACAGGAAGCCAAACGACUGCGGAAACUCGCAGCGGGGAAGACGGACAACAAGAACGCGAAGAAGAAGAAGAGAUCAACGUCCCCCAAGCGCUUGUUCAUAUGA